AUGAAGUUUGGACACAAUAGCAAGACUUUAUGGUCCAACGGUCCCAUUGAAGCGCAACCCCCAACCACUCCUUGUCCAGCUCUCUGCAUCUGUGAAAAGUGGACAGUGAAUUGCAGGAGAAAGAACUUGUAUGAAAUCCCAGACAACAUUCCCCCAACAGCCAGGUACAUGAUUUUGGCUGAAAACCAUUUUGCCAACAUCCAGCCCUUAGAAAUCACCUUUCUCAACGAACUGCUCUACUUGGAUUGGAGCGACAACGAAUUGGAAAUGGACUAUGAAUUCAUCUUCCCGGGUAUCAGCAAGCUGGCCUACUUGGACCUCAGUGGGAACAAACUCAACGCCAUCUCUCCCCACACUUUCUCGGAACUGAACCGGUUGGUAUUUCUGAAUCUCUCCAGAAAUCCCACCAUUAAGCAAAUCGAUCCGAACUCCUUCAUUAGUAAUAGCUUGUUGACUUAUUUGGAUAUCAGUACCUGCAGCUUGGAAAUUAUUGACAUCUCAGUCUUUGAAAAAGUGCCCACUCUUCGCGUUUUGAGAAUGACGGAUAAUUCCUGGUAUUGCGAUUGUGCCUUGCUGGAUUUUAUCAACUGGAUGAAUAUGCCACUGCUUGGACGGGAAUUACUAGAUCCAGAGGAGACCAUUUGCCACCUACCAAAAAAUUUAACUGGCAAACCAAUCAUGGAGGCCGAAGCACAACUGGACCAAGCCUGCAUUUUACACUUCAGCAUCAGAGUUCUGAUCUUUGCAGGUCUGAUGUCCUGCGCAGUCUUUUUGGCUGGAGUCAUAGCCGCUUGGCUGCUGGGCGUAGUUUCGGUGCUGUAUAACCGCACAAUAUUUAGGACGGAAGAGGAGGGAGAGUACAGAGGGAUUAAAUAA